AAUCGGCUAGGUUCCUAUUUCGGGCCUCUGACUUCUUACCUGCACGCAGCUCGCCUUAAGCGGCGCUAAGAGCGGGGACAUGAGUGUUCCUGUGCCACCGCCCCCGGACGGGGUCCUGACAGGGACCUCCGGCAGCCUGGAGGCCGGCGAGCCCACGCUGGGUUUGAGUGAUGCGUCUCCAGAUGAAGGACUGAUAGAGGACUUUGCUGUAGAGGACAAAGCUGUGGAGCAGCUGGUGGGAGGCCUGCUGUCCCACUACUUACCAGAUCUGCAGAGGUCGAAGCAAGCCCUCCAGGAACUCACACAGAACCAAGUUGUGUUGCUAGAUACACUGGAACAAGAGAUUUCAAAAUUUAAAGAAUGCCAUUCUAUGUUGGACAUCAAUGCUUUGUUCACAGAAGCGAAGCACUAUCAUGCCAAGCUGGUGAAUAUAAGGAAAGAGAUGCUGUUGCUUCAUGAGAAAACAUCCAAGUUAAAAAAAAGAGCACUUAAGCUCCAGCAGAAGAGGCAGAGAGAAGAGCUGGAAAAGGAACAGCAGAGGGAAAAGGAAUUUGAAAGGGAAAAGCAGCUGACAGCCAAGCCAGCCAAAAGGACAUGAGCAGCCUAGCUGCGGGUGUUUGCUGCCCUGUCGCACUCCCUGGAUCUCCAGUGCUAUACACAGAGAGGGUGCAGAUGGUACCUUAUGGGCAUGUUAGAAGUCCUUUCCAGGGUUGCUGUAUCUCUGUGAUUUCAUUUCUCUUCUUAAAAGCCUUGUUUUUGAUAUUUACAUUUUCAACUUUUGCUUAAUUUUAAAAUUUAUUAUUUUGAUUUUAAGUCAUUUGUAACUGGAAAACACUUUGGUUUUUACUGGAGUCUGGACACUAGUUCAAAAUGAGCACAAGUGCUUGGGCUUCUUGAGAAUUGCUUUAUAGUUUCAGUUUCUCCUCCCAUGAUGACAGGCCUUUCCUGCACUGCGACACUGACUUCUGGCAAUUGCUUUUCAUUACUUAAAGAGAAGUUCCAGUUGUCUGGCCACAGAUCUCCCGGGAAGAAAGCCGCCGAGCCUUUGUGAAGAACACAGGGCAUGUGUGUACCUGGAAAUACCAGCACGAUAGAUAUGGGUCAGGGGAGGGGGUGCCAGGCGGAUUCUUCAGCCAUUCUGUUUCUCAGGGCUGGGGCUCAUGCAGAUCCCAUUUGUUCCUAAAGCUGUGCGGUGAUGCUGGACCCGCCAGAUGCUCUGUGAUAAGUCAUCCAGUGCAAGGGCAUGUUGUGCUUUUUCUUUUUUACUCAGGGUUUCUACAAAGCCCUGAUGUCCUGGAGCUCACUCUGGAGACCAGGCUCACAGAGAUCCACCUGCCUCUUAUCCCCAAGUGCUGAGAUUAAAGGUGUGUGCCACCACGUCUGGCUCAGGGCUUUUUAAAGUAGAGAAAAACCCACUGCUGUUCACAUCAUGUGUAAUCACAGGGCUGGUGGCUGUCAGUAAAUAGUAUACAGAAGAGGCAGCGUGAGACCUUCAGUUAUAUUCUUUUUUCUAUGCUUUGAAAACAAAAAAAUUAAUUUACUGUACUUACUGUUUAAAUCCAUGACAAGUACUUCACCUAUAAAAUCACUAAAUUGUUUUAUCAGACCCCUUUUAAUAUACAAUAUUUACACCUAUUGAAAAAGGAAGUAGGAAAGUAUUACUAGAUAAAAAUAUAGCAUAUAGACAGAGUACUUCUGCAUUCUAACCUUGUUUGAGUGACAGGUAAGGAAACUUGUUACAAGUCAUAAUGCCACCAUAUCAGCUAGGAAAAGCCCGCAGCAUCUCUGAGUCACCUGGGAAAAGCCUGUUUUGCUUUUGGAAAUAAUUAAUCAUAGGUUUAUAUUUAUUAAGUAUAUCCUUAAGCCUUCCAUCACUUUAGAAACCCAUAAAGUUAGCAAACUAAGCUACAUUUUAGUAAAUAUUUUGAUCCCAGAAAGCAACAGAUGUAUAUACAAAGUACAUAGUUGAAAUCUUUGGGCAAGAGGCAACAAGAAUGUUAAUGGAUGAGAAGCUAUGCUAGUCCAGCCCUAUCAAACCGUGGAUCACAGCGGGCGAAUGAGCAUAACCAGCUGCUGCCGAUGUGUAAAUUCUUUCCAUGAUGAACCUAUAUAAAUAAUGCUAUGGUUAGGCUAGUAAUAGAAAAAUACUAUCUGUAGCAUGCUAUAAUUAGAGGAAGUUAAUGUUUUAAAACAGAAAAA